AUAUGAAGAGAUCUAAAUAUAACUCAGAACUUUAUUUGACACUUUAGUGGGCAAAGGCAAAUAUCAGUUAUUGAUUUAGCAGCUGUUAGACUUAGAAAAAUUUCAUAGCAAAAUAUGAAGAAAUUAGGAAUAUUUUUCCUUGUGUGUCCUAUACUUUUAAUGUUCUGUGUUAAUGAAUCCAAAGCAAACUUUUGGAAUCUUCCCAAUAUACCUGAAAACCGAACUGAUGAAGACGUAUUAGAAGCAUGGAAGGAGUUAGACAAAAACCUGAAAGGAGCUGUGAAUUCUUUGAUCAAAACUUUGAUGCCCAAGCUUUUGCAAUCUUCAGAGAAAAUAAAGCUUUCCCCUGAAUGCAGGAAACAGAGCUUGCAUCUCAUUUCUGGCCUUCGAAAUCUAAAGCAUUGGGCCUUUAGUUUCAUCGAUUCCAGCGCCAAAAUGGCGGAUGGAAUCUUGAGCGGUACCUUAAGUUUUCUUGGAGUGUACGACCAGUGUUUGAACAUCUCCGUUCCGCAUGCAAAAAAUAAGAAUGAAGUAUUGUACCAUGGAAAAUAUUGUACGAUUGAAGCUGUAACACCUCUUCCACCGAAGAAUAAAGUAUACAUGUUGUAUGAUAAUUUGGAAGCUUUAAGAAAUUUUUCGGGUACUGAAGUUGUGAAACUCUUGUCAUCAAAGGCCUAUUUAUCUUAUUUCUGGCGUUACCACAUCGGAGUAUGCAUUCCAUCUGGGUGCACCGAGGAUGAUUUAAGUCAAUUGUCUCAAUUUGCAUCCGAGUACUUGCUGCUUGAUUUUCAAGCGCCGCACUGUGAAAUUAAAAAAGAAAAAGUCGAGUUUUCUCGUAUUCAAGUUUUUACCAUAUUUUUUUGUUGUUUUCUGGGAUGCCUUGUUUUACUUGGUACUUGGUUCGAUAUUCGAAAUAAAGAUGGAAAUACUUAUUAUGAUAGAAUCUUCUGCCGAAUACUCCUUUGCUUUUCUUUGAAAUCUAACUUCAAACGUCUAGUCAGCACUAAGACAGCCGCUAACUCUUUAAAGUGCAUUCACGGCUUCAGGUUCCUUAGCAUUACGUGGGUUGUACUGGCACAUUCAUACUUUUACUCUGGUUGGUUUUCAAGAUCAUUCAGUUUUCUAUUUCACACUGAAGACAUGAUAAAAGAGCCUUUCGGUCAGAUGAUUUUCAAUGGAUCUGAAGCAGUUGAUUCGUUCUUUUUUAUGGCAGGAAUGCUGGUAUGCUAUGUCACUUUAAAAUACGCUAAAUUAGAGGGUAAAAGGUUUAGUUUGAAAGCCUUUUUAUUACACAGAUUCUGGAGGAUAUUACCCGUUUACUAUUUCAUCCAUUUAUUUGCGACACUGGCUCCUUUGAUGGGAUCCGGGCCUUUAUUCCACGAAACUAUGGAGGAAUCAUUUGAACCAUGCGCUAAAUACUGGUGGCGAAAUAUACUUUUUAUCAACAAUUUUUUUCACAUGAAAGAUAUGUGUAUGAUGCACACUUGGUUUAUUUCCUGUGAAAUGCAGCUGUUUUUAAUGUCGUUGUUAGUGCUUCUCCCUAUGCUGAAAUCAGAGAAAAUAGGAGUGGCUAUUAACAUUUUUAUCAUAGUUGUGUCCGCUGUCUACACUGGAAUUAUAACUUAUGCGAAAAAACCUUUACCUACAUUAUCUGUGAUGUUUCCAGAUCCAGAAUUCAGAAGUCUUGGUUUAUGGUAUACAUAUGGUAGCCCAAUAUCACGUGCUGGACCUUAUUUCAUAGGCUUUUUCAUUGGCUUCUUGAUCCUUAAAUAUCCAGACAUAAAAAUUCCGAAAAAAAUCUUGAUAUUUGGCUGGUGUUUGGCGAUAGUCUCUAGCGGGACAACGAUAUUCAUUAUGGCAGCCUGGUUUAAUUUACGACCUCCUACUCCACUAGAAGUACUAAUGUAUGCAACUUUCUACAAAGUUGCCUACACGGCAGGCAUCGCUUGGAUGAUAUUUUGCUGUGUAACAGGACAUGGAGGUUUUAUAAACGAAUUUUUAUCUUGGAAAGCCUGGGUUCCUUUGAGUAAACUGUCAUUCCUCAUCUAUCUCAUUCAGCCCAUUUAUCAAACACUAUUCAUCGCAAAUUUCAGAAUCCCUAAUGAAUUCACGCAUUUACAUUUCAUAACUCAGUUUUUUGGAUACCUUUGCAUAUCGAGUCUGCUUGCGAUGAUUUUAAAUUUAUUGGUGGAAUCUCCAUCUUUGCAGUUGGAAAAAAUAAUUUUUGAAACGGCAGUAGUAAAAAUAGAAAAAAAGGGAAUAAAAAAUGAAAACGAAAUGCUAAAUGAUAUCCCACCAAUAACAAUGAACGGCAAAAAGGAUUCAACAAUUGAAACUGGUUUUGAAAACAAAUCGUUUGACAGUAAAAUAUAAUUGGUUUUUAUUACUUUUGCUUAUUUUAAGGAAUUUUUCAGUUCAUUGAUUCUAAAAUGAUUCGUUAUUAAGAUUCAAUUGAUUAAUAUUUUGAAUCGUGAAGAACAGUUUUCUUUCGACAAGUAAGAGAAUGAAAAAAUAAAUAAAUAAUAAAUA